AUGCAUAAGAAGAGAACCUAUCGACGCAGAGCGAAGGAGCAAUCGGAUUCAGACGAAGAAAUCAGCAAUGUCAUAACGGAUGCAACCUCCAUUCCAAAGCCUUUAGGUUUGAGUUUUGACGAUUCCUUGGAAUCCGAAAGUCCAUUUAUACCUCGAGCUCCUCAACCAAGAUCCGAGGCAAAUGCCAAAGUCCUUAAUGAUUCUAAGGCCAAAGACGAUCAAGAGACAAGCGAAGCGCCUAUUCUAGAAGGUGCAGACCCACGACUCACCAUUAAAAAUUUGGAAGACAAAGGGGUGUCUGUGUUUGCUGCUACAGCAAUUCCAGCAGGCCAAACUCUUAUUCGUGAACAACCGUAUGGCGCAGUAAUUGAUGACACCAACUUGACUAAGUAUUGCACAGCGUGCUUCAAAGCGUCAGAACAGCCGCUUUCUCGAUGCUCAUCUUGCAAAUUCCUGCACUAUUGUUCUCGACAAUGCCAAAUUUCUGACUGGAAACAAUAUCACUCAAUUGAAUGCCCAUCUUACACUAAAAUUGGAAAACGAAUUCCAGCUGCUGUACGAUGCAUUACUCGAAUGCUAAUAAGAAGAGCUAACGACCCGACAUCGUUCAAAACAGUUGAACGUCUGACAGUCGGCAAAGACGCAGUACCAGAGAAAGUCAAAAUGAAGUACGCACAGUUGAUCAUGGCAGUGCGCCAAAUUCUGCCGGCCAAGAUGAUGCCAUCUGCUGGCGACACUAUGGAGUUAAUAUGUCGUUUUACGGUCAACAGUAUGUCCGUGCUCGGGUUUGAUUAUGCAGGAGUCGGAGUUGGUCUGUUCACCAAUGUAUGCCGGCUGAACCAUUCGUGCUGGCCAAACUGCGCAAUUACAUUUGAAGGAAAAACGGCAGUUCUUCGUACCAUAGGUCAUGUUGAAGAAUCGGAAGAGCUCUGCAUCAGCUACAUCGACGUUAUGGAGCCAUAUGAAACACGGCAGGAGAGACUUUUGGAGCAGUAUUAUUUCAAAUGUCAAUGCAAACUGUGUGGCAUUACAAAAGACAUAGACAUCCGAAGUGCAUUACGUUGCCUACGGAAAGACUGUACCGGUGCAGUUCGGUAUCCGGAUAAUUUGGAGGAAUCAAGGGAAAUGUACACAAGUCUGUGCUCCGUCUGCAGCACGGAGUUGAUAGUGCCAUUGGCUGAUAUCCAGGAACGCCAAGACCGAGUAGAAAAUCUCCUGAAAUUGAGUUCCUCAAUGACAUCCACAGAUAAGCCCCGGGCAAGGCUAAAUUUGGAAAACGCUUUCCGUAUUGGUGACGGAAUUCUCCAUAAUUGCCACCAUUUGCUGGUCAAGGCUCGUCAACAGCUGAAAGACAUAGCCAUUGACAUGAAAGAUUGGGAGACAGCCUACAGUGUCACCAAGCAAUUAUAUGAAGCCUACCAACAUAUAUACCCCAGCAACUCGCCUAUUACUGCCAUCGAAUGCUAUGUGAUUGCUAAAAUGUACUCUAACCUACACCCUGAAUACUCGUGGACAUUACAUGCACAUUACGUCCAAGCUCUCAAACUAUUGGAAGUUUGCUAUGAAACCAAUAGCAGCGUGCUACAGUCGGUUAGGAGAGAGAUCCGGGAGUUGGAAGCAGAGCAAUCCUUCGCUCAGAUGCAAAGGCAUGGCCACGAUGUCCAAUAAAAGAACAAUAACAUUGCCAUGAGCUAAU